AUGUCGACUACCGUCAGCGUCCAGAACAUCUCCGCCCAGACCUCUGAGAAGGAAGUCCGCGACUUCUUCUCUUUCUGCGGCAAGAUCUCAAACAUCUCCGUCACCCCCGAGUCUAACGCUGCCGACAGCGUCAAGUCUGCUUCCGUAACCUUUGAGAAGGAGUCUGCCGCCAAGACCGCUCUUCUCCUCGACAACACCCAGCUCGGUGCCAACCAGGUUCACGUCACCACUACCGCCUCUCUUGACCAGCUCGCUGGCGGCAAGCUCUCUGCUGCCGACGAAGAGUCUUCUGACCACAUCUCUCAAGAAGACAAGCCCCGCUCUCGCAUCGUCGCUGAGUACCUUGCCCACGGCUACACCAUCAGCGACAAGGCUAUUGAGCGCGCUCUUGCUCUUGACCAGCAGCACGGUGUCAGCGCUCGCUUCACCUCAACUCUCCAACAGUUCGAUGCCAAGUACCAGGCCUCCGCCAAGGCCCAGGGCCUUGAUCAGAAGUACGGUGUCACUGACAAGGGCGUUGCUGCCUGGUCUGGUCUGAACUCAUACUUCGAGAAGGCCAUGGGCACUCCUACUGGCCAGAAGCUCAGAGACUUCUACAACCAGGGCAGCAAGCAGGUUCUCGACGUCCACAACGAGGNNGCCCGUCACCUUGCCAACCUCAAGUCUGGCAAGAACGAUGUUCACUCUGUCGGAGACGGCAAGACCAACGAUGCUGGUUCCUGCCCUUGCGCUCCCGGACACUGCGCAUGCUCCGGAUGUGCCAAGAACUCUGACAAGUCCUCCGGUGUUACCGCUGAGUCUGCUGACAUGAAGGUCGUCUCGGAAGAGCCCAGAAAGACCAAGUGCAACUGUGGUGGUGCUGAGGGUUCCUGCCCCUGCCCUCCAGGCCAGUGCACUUGCAACAACUGCCCUAAGGCUUCCUAA